AUGGUUGAAAUAUUGAACUUAACUUAUAUCCGUAAUUUCAUAUCUAAUCAAUAUAAUUACAUUCCAUUUGGAAUUUGGAUAAUCGGUGCAUUGUGGGCUAUUCUACCACUUUAUGGAUACGGCAGAUAUACAUUAGAACCUCAUAAAACAUCAUGUUUAUUAGACUGGACUAAUAUGGAUCAAAGCAUGAAAUUAUAUAUGUUUUCACUCAUUAUAUUUGGUUAUAUCCUUCCAUUCAGUAUCGGUAUUUGGUCACAAUAUAAACUGAUACAGUAUACAGUAUUGGAUACAAAUAAAAAUAAUAAGAACACUAGGAAGAUUGAAAUCCUUAUAAAGUUGAAUAAUUCAAUUUUAUUAUUCAAUAUAUUUGGUUGGUUAUCUUAUGGUCUAUUAGCCAUUCAUUCAUUACUAUCUGGACAAAUAACAUUGAAUCCAUUUUCAUAUUGUAUUAUACAAUUGUUAGCAAAAAUUUCUCAAGCAUUUCUACCUAUAGCGUAUAGUUAUACAGAGAAACAAAUUGGACAAUGGAAUAAAGCAUAUAGUAAUAUAGAAUAG